AUGGUCGCCAUGGCCUUUGCAAUCCUCAAGUUCGUCCCCCGUCACUCCUUUGUCGUUGUACUAACGAACCCCGCAAGCUUCUUUGUUGGAUGGACCAACAUCGCUGGCUGGUUAACUGUCGUCACUACCCAAGCUUUCUUCGCCGCCCAAUUGAUAUCAGCAGCCGCAGUCGUCGCAUCCAACAACGCCUACGAAGCCACCGCCUGGAAGACCUAUCUCUUCUUCGUCGCCAUCCUCUCCUUCGGCACGGUCGGUAAUAUCUGGGGAAACAGAAUCUUGGGUCGAUGGAAUGACUGUGCCUUAUACUGGUCUGUCCUGUCCGUCGUCAUCAUCAGCAUCAUCUUGCUGUCCAUGUCCCCCAAGACCGACGCAAAAGAAGUUUUCACGGGCUUUAACAACGAGACUGGCUGGUCUGAUGGAGUCGCUUGGAUUCUUGGACUUCUGCAAUCUGCUCUAUCACUCAUUGGCUUUGAUGUCGUGUUGCAUCUUACAGAAGAGAUGCCCAAUCCUUCGAAAGAUGCACCAAGGGCUAUGCUUCUAGCUGUCGUCAUCGGCGGUGUCACUGGCCUCUUCUUCAUCCUAGUAAUCCUCUUCUGCCUAACAGACCCAACAACCAUCCUCACCAGCUCAACCGGCAUGCCCAUAGUAGAACUCUUCCUCCAAAGCACAUCCUCCCGCGCCGCUGCCACAGUCCUAGCGCUCAUGCUAAGCAUCUGUUUCAUAAACGGAACAUCAGCAAGCAUAACCAGUGCCAGCCGCUUGAUCUUCGCCAUGGCUCGCGACAACGGUAUUGUCUGCCACAAGUUCUUCGCGCACAUAUCACCCCAACUUGACGUUCCUGUCCGCACAAUCAUGUUCUGCUAUGUUUUUAAUCUGUUGUUUGGUCUUUUGUAUCUUGGUCCUACUGUCGCUUUUAGUGCGUAUAUUGCGAGUUGUACUAUUUUCUUGAAUGUUUCUUAUGCUAGUCCUGUUGUUGCUUUGCUUGUUAGGGGAAGAGGUGUUUUGAGGGAGUAUCAGACUAAGAAGACGCCUGCCAGGAUGGGGUUGAGGCUUGGUGCUGUUGUUAAUUGUGUUGCUGCUGCGUUUGUUAUUGUUACUUCUAUUUUCUUCUGCUUCCCUGCUGGAAUUCCAGUAUCUGCCAAUACCAUGAACUACGUUUCUCCUGUUGUCGGAGGCUUCUACUUCCUUCUCGCGGUCUACUGGCUUAUUUGGGGCAAGAACUUCCAAGGACCCAACUUCGAUGCUAUCAUCGGACAGCCGUUGCAGGAGAAGGAUUCGGGGGUUACGGAGACAGUGCCAGGUAAAAUUGACUCUACAUCGAAGGUUUAG